CGGUACUCGCGCCAUCGAGUUCCGCGGGCUACUUUGCUGUAGCCUUGCGCCGCUGCUACCUGGAAGUGCGCUGCUUGGUCCUGUGCAGGCCAAGUAUCACCUGGGUUUGAGCAACCCGCGCUUGCCUCUGGCUCGGUUCUAUUGUUGGGAGGAUGCAAACCCCCAUUUUGUGCCACCAGAAAGAUCGAAGUCCAAGAAGAAACAUCAAUCAGACUGGGAACAGAAUUGGGACGUAGCCGAUUAUGGGCGAAGUCCUCGGAGCCAACGUCAGGAUGCCAAUUGGAAUCAGAGGCCCCAGUCGCCCAGACAGCAGCGGCAUCGGAUUGGGAAAUCUGGUCACAAAGGCCAAGCCAAGCAGAAGUCCAAUUCCAAGGGCAAAGGAAAGCAAGAGACGCCCACUGCGAACCACGAGGGGUAUGCAGCAGUGCAGGGAUCCACCAGGACUCUCCCGCCGGAGCCGCCCUGGAACUAUACCGCUCCCAAUAUGCCGUCAUUGCCGCCGAUGCCGCCGCCAGCGACACCUCAUCCAGAUUUACAAGCUGCUCAGACUCUUUCGAAGUUGACAGCGGUCAUCAAGAAAAGGCCCGACCAGUACGACCCAGAAGUCCAUGCGAUACUUCAAGGUGCUGCUAUGAUCGAGGGUCUGAACGCCAAGGACCAGAUGUUGAAAGCUGUGGACGACCUUGGUGGAGCCCGAGAAGCCCUAGACGCUGCUCGUCUCGGCCAAUACCAGAACCAUGUGAGAUGGAGGGAUUUUCUUGCUUCAGCGGUUACCCGCUGGCAGGAGUACACUGCCGAUUUCCAGAAGCAGGAGAAGGAAUUCCAAGACGCCAUCGAGCAGGCGAAAAUGGUCAUGGCAAAUGCCAGAGAGCGGUUCGAGAGCAGCAAGCAGGCGCUGUCCGAGGACGACCUCCACGCUUUCUGUGGCACAGUCGCACCAGACGAUGCUAUGACAGACAAAGCGCCCGAGAACAUGUCUGGCAAGGCACUCCAGGAGAAUUUGGAGCAGAUGGCAGCAAAUCUGGUCUCACUGAGGACCUCUGCCGAGCAAUCAGUUGCGGCAGAAGAGCAAGCAGCCAAGCGACAACGUGUGGCAGAAGGGGAUGGCUUUGGCGCCUCUGCUGCAGUGCAGUCGUCAGCUGCCAGGCCACCGGGCAGUGGAAACCAUGGGCCCUACGUGCCCCGAAAUCUUCAGUCCAAUGCAGGGCUACAGACGCAUUCUAUGACAUUCCCUCCAGACAACAAGGCUCUGAUGAGGAACCAGAUGGCCAUGACCAUGCAGAAGGAGGCAGUGAUGAAGAUGCUGGAGGUGAGGAAGGUGAUGACCUGGGUGGAGAUGAUCCUGACGGCUCCCACCCUGGUGAUGGUCCCCCCACAGCAGAUGAUGACUUCAGUUCUGAUGAGGAUCCGCAAGCACUCCAUGUUUACAGGUUUUCAUUACAUGCGAGUUCGUUUGGAUGGCUUGCAAGAAGCUGAAGAUGCCAUUAUUCUCCAGCACAUCCACGACCUUGCGGUAGGUUCUACGGAGAAGCUUGUGGUUUUUGAUAUCAUCAUGCAUAGCCGCCCAAUGACAGGACAAGUGCCGCCAGCACCAACAGUGGUUCGGGUAGUCCACAAAGUUUUGCCGCAGGUGGCCCGACGGCAUCUCUUGGCCAUUGCAGGUGUUGAUGAAUACUGCGAAUGGGUCCAGCAGCAGUGCAUUGUUUACUUCAACAACCAGCCCUGGCCCCUUCGAGAUACUGCCCUGCGGGACACCUUACAUGGCAUGUACAUCAAGAUUCUCCUGCCGCCUCCGCCUACGCCGCAUUGGAACACAGCAGCUGCGGUACGUGUAGCUCAAGAUGUUGGUUCUCUUUUUGGAUUUCCUGAAGCUCAUGAACUUGCCUCACAAAUCCUGGAGCAUGAGUAUGAAAGUGAUCCACCUCCAGUAGCGGCUCCACGGCAAUCACGCCCCUGCGACCAGGAAGAUGAUAUUGAUGUGCCCAUGACUUUCCCACCGGGAGCACGACUACCCCGACUUCGACCACGUCACGACGGAAACAUGCAAUGGCUGGAUCAGCUUGCUGAAAUUUUCCGUGCGGAAGCUGUCAGUGAGGUACAUGGUGGGGCGCCCCUUCUCUAUGUCCAGACGUGGUACGUGCACCAUGUGCAUCAUGCAAGAUGUGAGGCACCACGCCCCAUCAGGCUUGACAAUGCGAUGAUUACCUGGUUAGAAGAAUUCCGCUUUGCUUGGAGGGAUCGGUGGGACCGUAGACUCCCAUUUGCAGUACAUUUGGUGUUGCCUCGUCCUCCACAACCGCGGUACCAAGGUUACGCAUGUCACAUUCUUUUUGAACAAGCCCAACCACCACAUCGCGUUGCUGGCGUCAUCACCAACCUUUUUGAAGGUGAAGGACAUGACGCUCUACAGCAGUUUGCGACAACGAUGCCUCGGAUAGUCCGAUCUGCCGAUGUCAUUGAUGAGCUGGGCUUGAACAUAUUUUGUGACACACGCCGGUGCACCACUACAGUAAAUGGCCAACCCUUACACCUCAUUAUUGCCCAAGACUUGAACUCUGGCUUCAAUAUGUGCACACGGAUCGCACCACCACGAAGUCUGCGACAGCUUCCUGUCCCACCAGGCGAUGAAGCGGAUGAACAUUUUGCCGACCUUGCUCUUCUGCAGAUUGUAUCCCUACCUCGUCCUGGGUCUCUUCCUGCUGAUACUAUUGAAGGUGUGCCACAUGAACGGAGUUCCUCAGGAAGCCAGAAACCCCGCAUGAAUGCUGAUGCAAGAGCCUUUGUGCCGGGGCAAUCACAUCAACUUGUCCCCAGUGCCUUUAUGCAAAGCUUGCGUUUCGCGUGGAUGGCAGCCGCUGCAAGUUGGGGAGAUGAGCCCCUCUCAGGUGAAAUUCUUGUUUGGUUUGCAGACCACUCGGCGGUAGUGCCACAUGGACUCUUUCCAAGCAUUUUUGCACACGUCAUUGUCAUCCAACAUGCACGUGAAGAUUGGAUCACAUCAUUGGUGACAUUGUUUGAUUUGGUUGACACUGAAGAUGAAGACCGUUUUUUCCGCCGCGCAGUUACCACGACGGAGCAGAUCUACCUUGAGCAUCUGGCUCUCGCCAUGGGCUAUGCUGAUCAAUGUGUAUUGCGAGCUUCUCAAUUCCUCUGUUUGGCAUGGCACCGAAACGCCUUCCUACGAUUGGGCCAGCCAUUACAAGGUCAAAACGGUUUUGGCAUUGUCAUCCAAGUCAGAAGAACCCCAGUUUGGCGAGACAAUGAGCUUCAUUAUCAUGCAGUCCCGCUUCGUUCAGAGGACGCCGCCUGUGAUCUGGAAGUUUCACACCAAACAGCAAACCUCAUGAUUUUCAUUGACACGUUCCUUGAGAAGCUCAAGCCGCUCCCUGGUUUUGAUCUCCAGCCGCUGAUAGCUACUGUUGAGAGCCCAGAGGUACCUGCUGAGCAAGUUGUCCCACUCUCCAUGGAAAAGGUGCGACACUCAUUUGACAUCUACGACCAGAUCUACCUCCUACCCAGCUAUGAUUUGGCGCAAUGGGCUGAUGUUACCACGUGGCUUGAUAGCUGGUGGGAUUGUCAAUCACCCAUUUCAGAUGUUUGGAUCUAUCAUGAUGGCUCGCGGCGUGCCGAGGGGGUUGGAGCAGCUGCUGUUGCAUUUGUGCGGCAAUGUGACAAAGGAUGGCUUUUUGGUGGCGCGGUUUCCAUUGCCCUUGAUGCGGAGGUGACCUCUUAUGGUGCUGAAUUGAGAGGAGGAAUUUUGGCUGUGCAAUUUGGGAUUGACAUCCUUAAGAUUGCUACCAUUAUUCAGCCAGAGGCCCCUUCAGUUUGUCUUCUACAUGACAACACAGCGGUUGGUAACCAGAUUAUCGGUAACUGGAAUGCCCAUGCAGACUUUUGCACUGCCAGACUUGCUCGGCAUCUUCUGGUCUAUGCAGAGCAUCGUUUUGGUAAGAAGUGGACUUCACAUUACACUGCUGCACAUCGAGGUGAUAUUGGCAAUGAGAUUGCAGAUACCCUUGCAGGUGAUGCGGCUGAAGGAAGACCACUUUCUGACCUUCAACAAUGGCAAGAUGUUCUUUUUGACCCUUCCUUUGCCACUCAUGCUGCCUGGUUUUGGACUUUCUACAGUGAAGCCAUCAAAAGCUGGUGGCGCAAUGGUGACAUUUGUCUUCCGCUUGAAGCCGAUGGUCCACCUGCAGCAGAUGUUCUACCAGACCCAUCUACUAUCACUGAGUGUGCAGAAACAGCGACUUUUGACUGCACCUUCGGCACAUGCAAUGUGCUGACCUUGCGUUCAGCACACAAAGCUGAUGAUGGCGACCUUGGCCUGACUGGCCCUACUAGACAGCAAAUUGUCUUUCAGCAGUUUCGUGACACCCGGACUUGUAUCUUUGCGCUGCAAGAGACUCGUCUCAGGCAGUGCAGCAAGACCCUUCUUGACUACCUAGUCUUCAAGGGUGAUGCAACUCCGCAAGGGCACCACGGCGUCCUCAUUGCUAUCAGCACUGUUAUUCCAUAUGGAUACUACACCGAUCGAAGUGGACAGCAACAUGACCUCUGUUUUACUGCCCAAGAUGUUUCCCUUGUUGUGGCCACUGCGCGAUAUGUCAUCCUGCGCUUGAAGACACCAUGGCUUCGUUGUGUCCUCAUUGCAGGCCAUGCUCCACAUUCGGGAUACGCUCUAUCUGAGAUCGAAGCUUGGCGGGCAGCCCUCAGUGAUGCAAUUCCCUUGGUGCUUCGAGUAUGGACACGGAAUGACUAUAUUGCCCUACCCACUGCAUGGCCAGCCACCAGUUGCCAAUCAUGGCUCCCAGAUGACAUUGAUGUCUCGCUUCAUCACGAAGAUCAUCGAGCUGCUCUGGUUCGCCUGCAUAUGGACCUCCAGAAGACCACUACUGCACGCCACCACUCCAUCCAGAAGCUUCGGGCAGAAACAGCUGAUCUUGGACCUCUGCGCAAUUAUGCUCCGAUUGCACCUGGCUUGGACGUCCAUUCGCAAGCCCGACAACUACAAGAGCAGAUCGUAGCGUGCCUUCCCAGAUCCACUUCAAGGGGCCCCACACGGCUGAAGAAGACUAUGUCAGAUGAAACAUGGAGCCUUGUUUUAGCUAAGCGCCAGUGGCGAUCGGCUCUUCGAGAAGCCAAUGACCUUCAGAGAUCAACAUGCCUGCAAAUCUUGUUCGCCAACUGGCGUAUGGCUGUGACUCCAGAUCACCAAGAGCUUCAACCAGUUUGGCCCCAUGAUGGCGACCGUAUCCUAGCAGACCAGGACAAGUUCAUCGCCAAGGCGCUUCAUGAAUUUCGUAACUUGGGUAGACUUGUCACGAAGUCAAGCCGAGCCGAUGAUGUACGAUUCUUCCAGGAAGUCCUUGCUGAAGGCGCUCAGUUCCUUCAACCGCAUCAAUCUCGUGACCUCUGGAAGACAAUCAAGAAGGCGCUGCCCAAGUAUCGGCAACGGCGCAUCGCUGUUGACCCUUUGAAAAUUAUGGCCCUUGAAGAGGAGUGGAAUCCGCACUUCACCUCCCUCGAAGCAGGUUGCAUUCUUGACCCCAGUCACCUCCUCGCAGAGGCAUUGAGGAUUGCGGGUCGAACAGCAGCUGCCAAAAAUCUCAGUUUUGGUGUCCUUUUUGUUGAUUUGACGACCGCCUUCCAUUGCUUGAUUCGAGAAAUGGUGGUUGGUAUUGGCGAUCACGACAAGCUGCAGUAUGUCAUGGAGGCACUUGCGUGGAGCAGCGAUGCGCAACAAAGAAUCCAGCUCGGACAGGCCUUGCCAUGCCUUCUGGAACAACUGGGUGCUCCUGCCUAUUUGGUCCGGCUCAUGCGGAACAUCCAUGAUUCAACAUGGACUACGGUCAAUGGCCAUGAUACCCUGCGUACCCAUAGAGGGACAAGACCAGGUUCGCCUUUGGCAGAUGCGAUUUUUCAUUACAUCAUGUACGACUUCUCUUUAGAGCUGAAGAAGUAUCUUGAUACCCAAGGCCACACGACUGUCUUUGCGACCCACCUUGACAUGGACAUUGACAUGGUCAUCUGGAGUGACGACCUUGCAGUCCCCAUCCUUACUGUGAGUGCAGAGGAAUUGGUUCCACAGAUGCUGCAGCUCUUGGACUUUGUUCAGGUGGAGUUUGCCAAGCGUGGCUUUAUCCUCAACUUGGCGAAGGGUAAGACUGGGAUAGUGGCAACUUUUGGAGGGCCAGGGUCUGCUGCAAUGCGCAAGCGAUUUCAGCUGACACCCCAGGCAGCGUUUGAUCAGAUACGCCGCCGGAUUUUAGCCAAUCGACGUCUCCCUCUGCCAUUGCGUUUGCAACUCUUUCGCUCGCUGAUCCUCUCCAAGCUUUACUUUGCAGUUGGCUCUUGGCACACCCCUACGGGUCGACAAAUCGCCAAAUUGCGGAAUGCGGUUGCUCGGAUGGUGAAGAUCGUCUAUGGGCCGGCCCUUCCGACCAAAUCGACCAGCCAACUAUUGACCCAUGCAGGUGUCCUUGACCCUAGAGCCAAAAUUGCUGUUGAACGUCUAGCCUAUGCACAACGUGUUUUUCAUCAUGGUCCAGCGUUCCUGCAAUUGAUGGUUCAUGCGGAAGCUGAACAGCAUGAGCAUUCUUGGCUUGUGGGCUUGCAGUAUGACAUGCAGUGGAUGCACGGGGUUGAAGCUGAGCCUGAUCCCAUGCUAUUGGACGAAGACCUCACAUUGCUCAUUGAUUAUUGGCAGCGAGAUCAGGGCCGCUGGAAGUCCAGAGUCCGGCGAGCAGCCCAGCGACAUCUUUAUCAGGAAGCCAUGAUGCAUGAAGUCCAGCAAUGGCAUGCGGAUAUCUUUAAGAUUCUCCGCAACAAUGCCUUUACCUUCCAGCCUGACCCUUUGUUGGACGCACUCCCUGCUGCUGGACCCUAUGGUUGUGGCCCCCCAGCCAGAGACAAGCACCUGGCUGAGUUGCGAGCCCGCAAGCUUGCCUUAGAGACUGAGUUCUUUGACUACGUGCAACCUCAGGAUUCCGAAGGAGCAGGCGAAAGGCUGGGUGACCUUUUGUCGGCCACAACUUGGGCAUGGUUUCGCGAUUUUGAAGAGGCGCACCACAGGAUCGAUGCAGUUGAGAAACCGCAAGAUCGUUGGUUGGAUGUCCUAUGUCGGCUCCCUGCUGAAUUUGAAUCAUGGACGGCGCGUGUCUUCAUUUUGUGGGGGCGUCACCUGCUUCCGGACAUCAUCGGCAACCUUUUUGAUGGUGCCGCUGAAGCAUAUCUGGAUGCGGAGUAUGCGGACUUGGCUGCAGAGUUCGAUGAGUUUUGGCUGGAGGGGCGCUUGCAAGCUCUUGAUCGACAGCUAGCAGCGGCAAUGCAGCCGCCCCCCCCUGCGGAACCGCAUCGCCCUGUCCGACCUCCACAGCGAGAUGCACGGCCACGAUCCGUUCCUCUCCAAGUUGUGCCUCGUCUAUUCCAUGACCAGGAAAAGUGGCAUCAGGAUUUGGAGCGUGUCCAAUGGCAAGAUUUGCCGUCAGACCCAUACGUUCCCUAUGUGAGAGGGCUUCAACCCCGACCGACCUUCAUCAUUGUCCACCUCUUUGCAG